AUGGCCAUCCAUGGUAGAGCAGCUGGUCAGAUGGAAAACGAAAAUCAAACUAAGACUAUAUAUAUGAGUGGAGGAGAAAAUAUCUUAAAGAAUGGAGCAGCGACAUAUACUCUGAGUUAUAGAGGAGAAACAGAGCAGAGUAACCACCAGGAAAGACAUAACAGUGGUCGGACUUUGCGGAAGACUGAAGCUUGGAUCCAGGAGCGACGGAGUAUGUUUCGCAGUGUGAAACAAAGAGAUGUGCCACCGUGGAGAGCUUUCUGGGUUUAUACGAUCUCACCGAAGAAGAAGAUGCAAGGUUUAGGCGAUGAUGCUUACAGGCGGAUAUGGUGUAAAUGGUCGGUGGAGGGGUUUUAUCAUCUCUUGACUCCUUACUACCAACAAGGAACACCUUCAGUACUGGAGAUUGUUAAAAGCCACUUCAGUUGUUUCCUGAGCAACAUUGAUGAUAAAAUGUAUGAAUCUGCAGAGCCAGAGCAUUUUGUUGAUCUUCUGAGGUCUUGUUAUCUGCCGCUAGUUCCAAUCAGAUUGGAAGAAGGCAUAUCUACGAUUUACAAUGCGCCAAAAGCAACAGAGCUACACAAUGCUGGUGUUAAGUUCAAGCCAUCAGAGACCAGUAGUUGUUUACUUGAUAUUAAAUUUGCUGAUGGAGUGCUGGAGAUUCCUACUAUUUUUGUUGAUGAUCUCACGGAAUCCCUCUUCAGGAAUAUCAUUGUGUUUGAACAAUGUCAUUGCUCAGAUAAGAGCUUCCUCCACUACAUCAGGCUUCUCAGUUGCUUCAUUAGAUCCCCUGCGGAUGCUGACUUGCUCAUCCGCCGUGGGAUCUUUAUGAACAGUCUUGGAGCCGCAGAAGAUAUUUCAGAUGUGUUCGAUAACAUCUGCACAGAGGUUGUCUUUGGCAGAAAGUUUUACUUUCAGAGCCUCUCUGAGAAGUUACAAUCGUACUGCAACACACCAUGGAACAGGUGGAAGGCGAUUCUGAGACAUGACUAUUUCCACAAUCCUUGGUCAGUUGCUUCUGUUUUGGCUGCUUUGCUUCUUCUCCUUCUCACUUUCAUACAGGCUGUAUGCUCUAUCUUGGCCCUGUGA